CUCAACGAGGAUCCAAGACUGAAUCAUGCCGCCAAAAGAACAAAUUGUGUGCGGAAAUCCGCUGUAUCUGGAAUGGAUUGGCGAAUGGAUGGAGAAUGCGAGAGCACUGAACUCGAAGGGGUAUCAGACGAUGCGAAAGGCCUAUGACUCCAUGAAAAACUGUCCAAUACCCUUCCAGCAUCCAUCCCAAGCAAUCACGCUGAAAGGCAUCGGACCGACGAUUUGUGACAGACUGGAGAAGAAGUUACGAGAGCACUGCGCUAAGGAGGGAAUACAUAUGCCCGAGAAGCCUGGCGUCGGCGCCGGAGCCUACCAAGCAGACGGUUCUGGAGAAGAAGACACCGCCCCGAAGAAACGCAAAACAACCCGCCCCUACGUCCCAACCUAUCGCUCCGGACCCUACGCCCUCCUCCUCGCCCUCCACACUCAGUCCCUCACCUCGCCUCUCCCACUCCUCAAAUCUGAAAUCAUCCUCCUCGCCCAACCCCACUGCGACUCAUCCUUCGAGGCCCCACCCGCAACGAACGGCGGCAGUAAGUUCUAUACGGCGUGGAAUAGCAUGAAGACGUUGGUUGAUCGGGGAUUGGUUUACCGGAAUGGGAGUCCAGGGAGGUACUUGUUGACGGAGGAGGGGGAGGAGGUUGCUGGGAGGAUUGCGGGGGUUGCUGAAGAGAGGGAAGGGGGUGGUGCAGGGAAGACGAAGAAGGUGAGGGUGGACAAGGAGGGCCCAAUGAUCACGUUGCCGGAGGUGUCUGCUCCACCAGCACCCGUCGCUCCAACUGCAGCAACGGCAGUACCGAGACCAGCUGCUAAAGCUUACAGCGAUGACGUUGUGAUUCUGGAUGAUGAUGAUGAAGAUAUCCCAGUUAUCGUUGAAGAUCUUACAAUUGAGCCAGCGAUCUCUGCGGCUCCACCAGCAGCAGCACCAGCGCCGCUAUCACCGACAGGGUCCGCGGCCGCUACUUUCCCCUCGUUCAUACCUAUCAUCUUACCACCAGGAUCUUUUACAAUCCAUCUGCUCCUCGACACGCGCGAAGCCAAAACUCAACGCGACCGAGACUACAUGGAGCAGAACCUCAAUGUUCCCGGCGUAAACCUCAUCCUCCGCUCUCUAGAAAUCAGCGACGCUCUCUGGAUCGCCCGCUGCAAACACACCGGACGCGAAAUCGUCCUCGGCUACGGCAUCGAACGAAAACGCAUGGACGACCUGGUUGGCUCAAUCAAAGACGGUCGUUUCCACGAACAAAAGUUCCGGCUGAUGAAGAGUGGGUUAAGGCAUGUUAUGUACGUGGUCGAGGAGAGUCAUUUGGAUGAUGUUAGAUCGUAUUUGGACGCGAUUCAGACGGCGAUUUCGAGUACGCAGGUUGUUAAUGGGUUUUUUGUGAAGAGGGUGCCAAAUUUGGAGGGGACUGUGAGAUACUUGGCGAGGAUGUCGACGAUGCUGGGAAGGAUAUACGAGGGCAAAGUGCUACAUGUCAUCCCGGAUAAUGUCAUCGACGCACGUACCUUCGGCGACUUCCGCAAGCACCUCAAAGAAACACAGCCGAACAUCGAUUACCUCGUGUCAUACACCUCCUUCUCCGCCUUAACCUCCAAAUCUGCUGCGCUUACCCUCGGCGACGUCUACCUCCGCAUGCUCAUGACCAUCCGUGGUAUAUCCGCCGAGAAAGCCGUGGAGAUCGCGACCAAGUUCCCGACGCCAACAGCGUUGAUGGAGGGGUAUGAGAAGUGUAAGACGGUGCAGGAUCAGAAAAGAAUGAUUAUGGAGAAGUGUUGUGGGUAUGGGAGGAAGAAAAUUGGAGUAGCGUUGAGUGAGAAGAUAUGGCAGGUUUGGAUGGAGAAGAGGGAACAGCAGCAGUGAGCACUUGGUAAGGGAAGGACAACGGCGUUAUUGGGACAAGGUGUUUGCACUUUUUUGGCGGGUUGACAAACAUAUUACGACGGCAGUUUGAUCAUUACAGGUACCUAAGCUUAAUACAGCAUUUUGGGAUCAAGUUUCAAUAUCCC